AUGCCACCCUACCUAUCGCCGCUACACAUAGUCCAACCCUCGGUACCCGCGAACUGCGAGCCUGCGAAUGCAUUCCUAUACCACCUAUCAGCAACCUUCCACACCUGCGUCCCUACAAAUCUCGCCCUUAUCUCCACGCUACUUGGAACAUGCAGUAUCAUAUCCUGGCUAUUCGCACAGUUACCACAGAUAUACAAGAACCACAAGCUCAAGUCAACAUCAGGCCUCAGCGCAUUCUUCCUGGCAGAAUGGCUGUUGGGUGACAUAACGAACUUGCUGGGAUGUCUCUUCACAGGCCAGGCGUCGUGGCAGGUCAUCAUUGCUGGGUACUACGUUUUCGUAGACUGCUGCCUAUGCGCUCAGUGGGUGUGGUACGAGAUGCUGCAUCACGGAAGACCAUUACGCCCUAUCUGGGGACGUUGGAACGCUUCUGAGAAUGGCAAUGCGGGGGCGGGGGCGUCUGGGAUGCACCAAGUUUGGAAUGGUAUGGGUAGUGCUGCGAAAGUGACGCAUCCGCCAGAAGACCCCAACAGCUCUACAGAUAAAAAGGAUGCUACUCCAAGCAGUCCGGGAAAGAACGUGCCGCAUUCAAAUCCCAUGGACACAUUCCGGAUACCCAAUUUCGCGCGAUCGCCAAAUCCCGGGAAAGAGUCGUGGCAAGAUUCACCGUCGGAAACAUCGCCUAAUCCACAUGUGCGUCGAGUGGCAGCAUCAAGCUCGCCCAUGCCAUCUCCGAAAACAGUCUUGUACAUUUCUCUCGUCCUGGCUGUACUGUCCCAUACCUCAGUCGCAACGCCCGUCAGCCCGCUCGCCCCAGGUGCUUACAGGAUUUCCGCACGUUCUGCGUCCUCUGAACCAUCUCUCUCCGCCGCUGAGUUUGCCGGCAAGAUAUUCUCCUGGAUGAGCACAUUCCUCUACCUUGGCUCCCGCAUUCCCCAGCUCUACAAAAACCAAGUACGCAAAUCGACCGCGGGGCUCUCUCCUUCCCUCUUCGCAGCUGCUUUCUUCGGCAAUCUCUUCUACUCCAGCUCGCUCCUCACGAACCCGUGUGCGUGGUUUGACUACGCACCUGGCCAAGGAUCAGGCUGGGUCGGGCCCGAAGGAAGUGUGCAGAAAGAUUGGGUACUGCGUGCUGCGCCGUUUUUUCUGGGAGCGGCAGGUGUGCUAUUCAUGGACGCGGCUGUCGGUUUGCAGUUUGUGUAUUUUGGCGACAAUGAGCCACGCGGUCGUUCUCUGCUGCCGCGAGACGACGAAGUCAUCAUCACCAUUGACGACCACGGCAGACCUGUACGAAGAAGACUACAUUGGCGGCGUGUGAGCGGGUGGAUGCGUGGAUGGGCGCCCGCUGUUAGUGUCGCUGCUACGCCUAGUGUCAGUCGUGCUGCUACGCCGGUCGAUACGCCGAGAGAUUUGAGUCCUGCCAGUGUGGGGAGCUCGAGCCAGAGCAUACCAAUCAAGGCGAAGAGCAAUGCCUUGGAUGAAGCGAGGGCGCUUUUGGGGACGAGUAGGCAUGCGAGUCCGAGGAGUUACGGGGCUGUGGGAUCCCCGAGAUCGCCUGCUGCAUUUUAA